AUAUAGCGUUAGCCGCUAUUAUUUGGGUAGAUCUAGUUUGUUUUGUAAGGCUUUAAGAUUAUAGAAAUGUAGGCAAUCUUAAGUUUAAUUAAUGAAAUUCAUGUUUAGAUUCUCAUUUUAUACUAGACUUCGCCGAUCUCAUUUCUGUCAGACGUUAAAGGUUUAAACUGAUCGGCUCCUGAUGCCGGCAUGUCUAUCGACUUUGACAGCGCCGCUCUCCAAACGCAGCAUGAAGAGGAGGAAUAUGACCAGGAGGAUUAUGCCAGAGAGCAGGAGCUGCACCAGCUGCUAACAGACCUCCCAGAUGACAUGCUGGAGGACAGCAGGGAUGGCUCUUCGCCGGAGCCCGACAACACCGCCUGCGACGGGCACGCUGUCGACGGCAGAGCUCCGGGCGCUUGGGAUCCGCAGGCAGAGUGGAACGAGGAGCACGCUGCCGCUGGAGAGACCAAUGAGAUCGAGUAUGGGCAGGACCCCUACCACGGUGACUACGAGUAUGACCACGAGGCAGGGCGCUUCGAUGGACACCUGGACCAGCACAACGGCUGGACUGUGAACCGGGAGGAAGACCACCACUACAUGUAUGACCACAGGGGGUACACCUACCCUAGCCUGGGCCCGGAAGAGUCCACUGGUGAGGGGGAGUUUGGCCAGUACCAUCACACAGCUCCACAGAGAGAGGACCUAAGUUAUUCAGAGCAGGCCAGUACCAGGGAACAUGUUCAGACCUUUGAUGCCAAGGGUUCAGAAAACAACCAUGCAGGCCACCGUAAGGUCAGUUACAAUCCAUAUCAGCCUGUGGCUCAGCAGAAGGUCUUCAGUCCAGAGGCUGCAUGUACCAAUGGCAAGUUUGACCAACUGCAGAGAGAGUUCCUGGACUCUACCCACAAAUCUGCGGAUCAGCAGCAGAUCGCCCAGUUGCAGGUCCUGAACAGGGCUCAGCUGAGGCAGAUUGAGGACCUGGAGAAGAAGCUGGAGGACAGCCGACGUAGCAUGAGAUACUUGGAGCACCAGCUGGCCAUCGUGAAAGAUGAGAAGGAUGGCCUGGCGGUGAGCCUGAAGGAGUCUGGCUGUCUGCUGGAGCAGGCCAAGGAGCGAGAACUGCAGCUGCAGGCCGGGGUCAAGGCGAUGGAGCUGCAGGUGCAGGCGGUGGCAGACAGAGAGCGUGAGAGCACUGAGAAGCAGCGGGCGACAGAGAUGGCGCUGGACAGCCUGCAGCAGCAGAUGGCGGAGCUGUGCCGCUCGGAGACGCUGGCCCGUACGCGGAAGCAGCACGACCGUGACCUGGCCGCCAUGCGCGAGCAGCAUGAGGCCCGCGUGCUGGCGCUGCAGCAGAGGCUGGAUGCGCAGGCGCAGGCCCUGGAGCAGCAGGGGGAGGCGGGCUGCAGGCUGCAGGAGCAACUGAAACAGCUGGAGCGAGACAGGGAGGCGGAGAAGCUGGAGAGAGCGACCGUCAUCAACACGCUGACCCGGCGUCUAGAGGAGAGCCAGCAGCAGUGUGCCAACCUGCUGCAGACCGGUGCCAUCCAGGAGAUGAAUCAACUGCGGAUCCAGUUACAGCACGCGCAGUCGGCCAAAAGCAUCAGCGACAACAUGACCAGAUCCCUGCAGGAAGAGCUCUCGGACCUGAAGGACCAGAUCACUCUGUAUGAGUCGGCCGUCAAAUUACGGGUUAUUUCCCUGGAAUCCAACAGAGAAUGGGAGAACCAGCUGUCAGACUCCUAUGUCGAACUGGGAAUAAAGAAGGCCAACUGGAAAGGCAACCGUUGCCAUGGCGGUUCCGGAGUAGCCUCCGGCACGACCAGCACCUCCUCGAGGGAGGACCUGACGGCUGAGCUGACGACGGAGGUCCAGCGUCUCCUGGGGAGCCUGAAGAGCAAGAGACAGAAGAUCUCCCAGCUCCAGGAGGACCUGCAGCAGGCGCGCGGGCAGGCCGAGGAGCUGCGGGCUCAGCUGGACAGGGCCGAGAGGAGCGCCCUUGACUCCAGGGUGAGGGAGACCGCUUUGGAGAAGCAACUUGAAGCAUCCGGCAUGGUCCCAUCCCAGGAAGAACUUCCACAGCUGCGGAAAGACAGGGAGCAUCUCCAGGGCCGUGUGGAGAAACUGGAGAAACGGAACCAGGAGCUGCAGCAGAGUGAGGAGAAGGUACGGGCAGCCAAUCUGGAGCUGUGCACAAAGAUGAGGGAGAUGAUCCAGGAGCUGGACCAGGAGAAGCAGGAGACUGCCGCCAGGUACGAGAGGACCCAGCAACAGUUCCGGGAUGACGUGGUGAACCGCGUGCGUGUGGAACUGACCCAGGAGCAUGCGGUCCAAAUGGAGGAGGUGCGGAGGGAGUGCCAGCAGGAGGUGCAGCAUCUGGAAUCUAAACUGGCGGAUAUCAGUAAGGAGAUGGGAGCCGUGCAGGAAUGUUACAUCGCCAUCUGCAGGGAGAAGGACGGCCUGGAGCAGCGCCUCCGAGCCAGAAUGGAGGAGCACCGGGAACAUGAGAAUGAGCUGCGGUGUCAGAUGGAGCGGGAGAAGGAGGCCGCCCUGGCUCAGAUGGAGGCGCAGCACGGCGCCGCCAGGGAGCGCUGGCUGAGGGAGCGAGAGCAGGAGCUCCAGCGGCAGGCGGAGGUGGAGACGAUUCAGGCCUCUGUGAAGAAGGUGGAGAAGGUGUGGGACCAGCGGCUGGAGCAGGCAGGUGGGGUAGGAGGCGCUGAGGCCAGUGAGCAGGCCUCUCAGACGGACGGAGUGGUGCAGGGCCUCACCCAGGUGGAGGUAGAGGCCCAGCUGAGCGCUCAGAGGCUGGAGCUGCAGCAGGAGGCGGAGCAGGCGCAGGCCCAGGCAGUGCGGGAGGCGGAGCAGCGGCUGAGGGCGGAGCUUCAAAGCCAGGAGGCCACCAGGCAGCAGGUGGAGAACGCCCUGUCACACGCCCGUGCCUGUUGGCUGCAGGAGAUGACGUCCCUGCCGGAAUACCAGGCCGCUCUCCAGGCCCAGCGGGAGGACUGGGAGAGGCAGCAGCAGGAGAAUCUGGCUCAGAAGGUCAACAGGGACAGACUCAAGGAAGCCCAGAACCAAAACGAGGAGCUAAAUGGCAUCCGAGCUUCUGCAUCGCAAGCCGGGGAGCAGCAGUGUGGGCCGGGCUGCGCAGACCAGCUGCAGCGGCUACGGAGGCAGUGCCGGGACCUGCAGAGGCACCUAGAGAAGGCGUGCCGGCAGCUGCAGCAGACAGUGCGUGAGCACAAGGCCGCCGUGCAGCGGCUCAAAGAGGAGCACGAGGACGCCUUGAAGAAGGAGCGUGAGGAGAUCCUGCGGAGAGCAAGCGACAGGCAGCGUCCCAGCAGCGUGGACUCCUCCCAGCCCCAGGGUGACGGAGGCCCAGAAAGACGGCAGUGCCCGCAGGGUGGCCUGGAGGAGAUGAGAGAGCAGUACAUGAGAGCCGUGGCAAAGAUACGGGGUGACAUGCUGCGUUACAUCCAGGAGAGUAAGGCGAGGGCGGUGGAGAUGAUCCGGGCAGAGGUGCUCAGGGAGAGGCAGGACACAGCGAGGAGGAUGCGGAAGUACUACCUCACCUGCCUGCAGGAGCUCCUGGAGGACAGUGGCAAGUCCCAGGGGGCGGAGAAGAAAAUCAUCAAUGCAGCAAGCAAGCUGGCUGCCAUGGCCAAGGUGCUGGAGACACCAGUGUCCCGGAAAGCCAGUGGAAGGAGUCAUGCUGCUCUGGCGAGCACGUCGAAAUCGGAGCCCAUCGCUGCGGUGGAGCCAGGCAAAGCUCCACACGCGUUAUCCGGACAGAGCCCACCAGCCAAAGACGUGAACUCUCAGAGCAGCGGGCCUGCGGAGAACAACCAGCAGCCGCGCCCCCUCGCUAGCAGUGCCGGCAGGCCUGCAGCAGAGCAUUCUGGGAUUGAAAAAAACAUCUGUGACCUUCAGUCCUCCAAUACCCCUCGUGUUUUGGUAACGUCGGGAAAGAGGAAAGUGCUCGACGGCACGCACUCUAAGGGACCACCCAACCCCGCAGGCUCCCUCGCACAAAGACCUGCGGGACACGUGAAAUGCCUUCCCUCUGCAAGCAGGCCGGCGGAUGGAACCCAAACCCACGUUACCCUGCGCAGCCAAAACCAAGAGAUGUGGCUGGGAGAAGCGGACAGAAGGCGCCCUGCAGAGUCUGCGGUCAAACCUAUCCCUGAUAAAGAACCUCCGGUCAGGGAUAAGGGCCAGAAUGUCUGGGGCCUGGUCGGUGUUGGAACAUGUUCUGACCGUGAGAAUCCUGCAUUCUCCGUCCCCGGUAGAAUGCUGAAGCGUGUCAGCAACUCCCCCACCCUAUCCGCCAUCUCCAGUACCAAAACCGAAGACACAGAUGACGACUCGUCUCAUUUUGGGAGCUGGGGCUCCUACAAGAACAUUCCGACCACGCAAACCAGGCCCAAUAUGAAGCCCUCCCCCGUCGCCGGUCCAGGGGGGAGGGAUACGGAGGCGGCCAAGACCCGAGAGCCCAUUCCUGGGUCUGAGGGGGAGCGGAUCCGGAGGGUCUGUUCCAAGAGUUUGUUCUCAGAAUUGAAGGCCUGUCAGCAGGACAGCGGGUUUGACAGCCCAGUGUCCCUCCUUCAGAAGUAAACAAAUCUAGCAAGCCCCAGGCUCGUCAUGUUGCAGUGCGCCUCUCGAACCAUCUGCUUGUUUGUUUGUUAAGUGUUGUCUUUAUACACUCGUCACAUCUGCUUGUACUGUCAAGACUUUGUGUGUUUUUUUUUUAUUUUUUAUACCCAGCUGUUACACAUAAAGUGUGUAUAAUUUUCACAUGGAUCUAAUAAAUGUAUUUUUUCAUGUAAAGUUUUUUCCCAUAACUACCUGCUCCUGUUGCUGUUUUGUGUUGGAUUAAUUGAACAUGGCUGAGUUGAGGCCAGGUUACCUAAACUUGAGCGGGUCGCUACCCGAAGUUCUGCAACCUUUUUGUUUGUAGGGAGCCCUGCCAGUGUGGGCCUCCAGCAACAGGGAGGGGGGGGGGUGUCGCUGUCACUGUCCC